ACAAUGUUUGAUUGAUUGGUCUAGUCUUCUGUUCUUUCGUCUUCAUCCUCCGCCUAGCAAACCCUAGCCAGGGGAGCAUCCACCAGCCAUGGCGAUCCGGCAGCUCCUGAACCUAGCCCGCCGAUCCCGGAAGGGCACCCCUUCCCGAUCAGGAAACCAUUUCUCCACAUCAUCCGUGGCGGUUGCCGCCACCGGAACGGAAGCCCUGUCGCCCUCGGCGCCACCUCCAACCGCCAUGAUCUACGACCGCCUGGCUGAGUCUGUCAAGAACAAACUCCAUCGUCUCGAGAACCCCGACUCGCGGUUUCUCCAAUACAAUUCCCCUCACCCUGUGUUGAUGGACCACACUCCAAUCCUUGCCGCCCCUGUUACCCGCGUCACCACUCUGCCGAACGGUCUGAGAGUCGCAACCGAGUCCAAUCUCGCCGCCAGAACUGCCUCCGUCGGCGUGUUCAUUGAUUCCGGCUCUAGGUUCGAAACAGAGGAGACGAAUGGCACGGCUCAUUUCCUUGAGCACAUGAUAUUCAAGGGCACCGAGAGACGGACUGCCAGGGAAUUAGAGGAAGAGAUCGAGAAUAUGGGGGGACAUCUCAACGCAUACACUUCUAGAGAGCAAACCACUUUCUAUGCCAAGGUCUUGGAUAGGGAUAUCCACAGAGCUUUGGAUAUUUUAGCUGAUAUCAUUCAAAAUUCCAAGUUUGAUGAGAAUCGAAUUGAUAGGGAACGAGAUGUCAUUCUCAGAGAGAUGGAAGAGGUGAUUGUUGCAUCUGGUCCUGUUAAACAUGAAGACUUUGUUGGUGAAGUUCAGAAAUUGUUUACAAAUCUGUCAACAAAUCCAACUACUGCUUCAGAUUUAAUUGCUAAAGGACCUUCAGUAUUUACAGGUUCAGAGGUCAGGAUGAUUGAUGAUGACAUCCCAUUGGCCCAAUUUGCUGUUGCUUUCGAAGGUGCAUCCUGGACAGAUCCCGAUUCCAUUGCUCUGAUGGUUAUGCAGACCAUGUUGGGAUCAUGGAAUAAAAAUGCAGGUGGCGGGAAACACAUGGGUUCCGAGCUUGCACAAAGGAUUAGCAUAAAUGAAAUUGCAGAAAAUAUGAUGGCCUUCAAUACCAAUUACAAGGACACUGGUCUCUUUGGUGUCUAUGCAUCUGCUAAGCCAGACUGCUUGGAUGAUUUGGCAUAUUCAAUCAUGUACGAACUAAGCAAGUUGUGCUAUAGGGUUUCUGAGGCCGAUGUGACUCGUGCGCGUAACCAGCUAAAAUCUUCUCUGAUGCUUCACAUUGAUGGAACCAGUCCUGUUGCUGAAGAUAUUGGUCGCCAGCUUCUCACGUAUGGCCGAAGAAUCCCAUUUUCUGAAUUGUUCGCUAGGAUUGACGCCGUUGACUCAAGCACAGUCAAACGUGUUGCAAACCGGUUUAUCUUUGAUCGGGAUGUGGCUAUUUCGGCAGUCGGGCCGAUCCAGAAUUUACCAGAUUACAACUGGUUCAGACGCAGAACGUACUGGCUCCGCUACUAAAUUUCACUUCACCAAUACACAGCAAGUUUUGGAGUGGCAUAUUUUCAUUCAGAGUUCAAAUUAGGGCAAACUUUUCAAGCCCUGUGCUAUUCUUUUUUUCCAAUUAUUUUUGUUAAAUGUAAAACUAUUUAUUUGAUGCAAAUAAUUAGUAGAUUUGUAUCCAGAAACCCACUUUGAGUAACCUGCCCAGCUUGGUUCUUGAUGUAUUCUACGUAUAUCCCAAGUUCUUGCAGGGUUUUUGUAUCUCCAUUUCCAACUGUUGAGUUAUAAAAGAAACUCUGCUCAUUUUU